GUUUUGUUCAGAAACGUGUUUGCUUUCGUCGUUCUCAGAGGUUGAGCGGGCGGUGGAAUUCGCAACUGCAAAUGGAAAAUCGGAGCUCGAACCCUAACGUGGUGGAGGUAAAUCACCUCCCCGAAGCCGAUUCAUUGCCGGAUGGGUUUGUAGAGUCACCUUCGGCUGAGAAAUUGGUGGAACCGAGGCCCGAUUAUAAGCAGGAGGAGGAAUUAGCGGAGCCGGAUUCACGGCCCGGAGUUGCGAUUGAAGAGAAGGAUUCCUCGAUUGAGAAUGCGACUGGUAGAACUGGACCGACGCCUGGCCGGAAUGUCGAGGCAGGAGCGCCUGGUGAAGGUCCGGCUGAAGAUAAGCCUGCCGAAGGUGUUGAGCUGUGCACAGCUGCCUUGGAGGAGAUUUCUGAGUCUGGAGGUGCUGAAAACAUUAAAAAAGAAACCGCUGAAGUGAAGCGUAAAAAUGUAAAGCGCACCUUCAAAUCAGAGAAAGAGUUUUUGGAGUUCACCUUGAAAUAUCAGCAAGUUGUUGCUGAAAGAGAUUCAGCCAUUGCUGUUAGAGAUAAACUUGAGUCAUUGUCCCGGGAGUUGCAACGACAAAAUAAAUUGUUAAUGGAUGAAUGCAAAAGGGUGUCAACCGAGGGGCAAAAUUUGAGAUUAGAUCUGUCUAACAAGUUUCAGGAUGCAAUCAAGGAAGUGAGCAAUAAGCUGGACGAGCAAAAGAAUGAAUGUAUAUCUCAGCUAAAAGAGAAUGAGAUGUUAAAGACCAAGUUGAAACAGCUCGUUGAUCAAUACACUCUUUCUGAGCAGCAGCAUGCACAGGAGCUGAAACAAAAGACACUCGAACUUCAGCUUGCUGAUUUGAAGUUCCAACAACAAGAAGAGAAACUGAAGCACGAACAGUCUCAGAUGAAAUUGUAUGCCGAACAAGUAGCACAACUUUUAGCAACUGAGAAGAAUUUGAGAUUGCAGUUAACAGCUGAUGGUGAAAAAUUCCAACAAUUCCAGGAGGCUCUGUUGAAAAGCAACGAGGUUUUCGAAACUUUCAAACAAGAAAUCGAAAAGAUGGCGAAAUCAAUAAAGGAACUCAAAAAGGAAAAUGCCUCCUUGAAAAGCAAAUCGGAAAAAUCAGAUGUUACCCUCAUAGAACUCGCUGACGAGCGCGAACGAUUGAAGAAGCAGCUGGAGAAAACUAAAAACCAGAAGGGAAAACUCGAGGCAUUGUGCCGGUCACUGCAAGCAGAGAGGAAGUCGAAUUCUGUUGGAAGCAAUAGCUCCGAAUCUGUCCCACCCGUUUAAGGAGGUACUGUAAUGGAUCAUCAUUAUUACAUACAUUUUGUGGUUGAUGUUUGGUUGCUUUUAUGGCCUGCUGAGGUUGUCCGGUGGACACGAGAUCCAUCUACACGUAUGUAUAUUGCGUUGCGUAGAUGUAGGAGGAUGGAUUCAUUCACGGUGAUUGUUCGAUGUGGCUCUCGUUUCCCAGUUCGAUUAUUUCAGGUUUGUUUGUUUGGAUGUAUUUGGAUUUGUCGAUGAAGUUGACAUGAAUAUAUUUGAAUUAUCUGGA